AUGCCCAAAGUUAUUGUAGUUGGAGCCGGUGCUGGAGGCGUAGCCACUGCUGCUCGUUUGGCAAAACAAGGCUUCGAUGUCACUGUCGUCGAGAAGAACGACUUGGUUGGCGGCCGAUGCUCUCUGAUUCAUCAUAACGGCUAUAGAUUCGAUCAAGGUCCUUCUCUUUUAUUGAUGCCAGAGGUGUUCCACGAGACAUUCCAUGACCUAGGAACCUCCCUUGAAGCGGAAAGAAUCUCUUUGUUAAAAUGCGAGCCAAACUACCGGGUCUGGUUUUCUGACAACGACAACUUCGAUCUAACAACAGAUAUAACAAGGUUGAAGCCACAAAUAGAGCAUCAUGAGGGGGGAAACAGUUUUCGUGGCUUUCUCGGCUUCAUGGAAGAGUCUGGUCGUCAUUACGAUCUGUCAAUGAUUCAUGUUUUGCGCCAAAAUUUCCCCGGCUUAUCAAGUAUGAUGCGACUUGGAUUGCUGCAGUCCCUGUUUACGAUGCAUCCCUUCCAAAGUAUUCAUAGUCGUGUCAGUCGAUACUUCACGUCUGACAAGAUGAGACGGAUAUUUACUUUUGGAAGUAUGUAUCUAGGUAUGAGUCCUUACGACGCACCAGGGACCUAUUCUCUUCUACAGUAUGCAGAACUGGCAGGGGGGAUUUGGUAUCCCGCUGGGGGGUUUCAAAAGAUAUUGGAGGGCAUAGAGAAGAUUGGCAAACGCCUUGGAGUCGAAUAUCGCCUCAAUUCUCCUGUAUCCUCAAUCAUUAUUUCGGAAGACCAGUCAGCACGAGGCGUUAUUCUCUCAUCUGGUGAGAAACUCGAGGCAGAUCUUGUGGUGGUCAACGCAGACCUGGUCUAUGCAUACAACAAUCUCCUCCCUGCAUCCAAAGAAGCACGCUGUCUAAGCAACCGCGAAGCAUCUUGCAGCAGCAUCUCAUUCUUUUGGUCUUUUGACCGUGUGAUCGGCGAGUUAAAAGUGCAUAAUAUAUUCCUUGCUGAGGAGUACAAAAACAGCUUUGACUCCAUCUUUAAGCAUCACCGAUUACCAGACGAACCGUCCUUCUACGUGAAUGUCCCAAGUCGAAUUGAUCCUACAGCUGCCCCGAAUGGUAAGGAUGCGGUGGUUGUACUGGUGCCUACUGGCCAUAUGAUGGACAGCACUGAGCCCCAAGACUGGGACACGCUCGUCAGUAAAGCAAGGGACAUUGUAUUUGAUACAAUCGAAACACGAACUGGAGCUCGAGCACUUCGAGAAAGUCUACUCCACGAGUACGUGGAGACACCGGCAAGCUGGAAGGAAAAGUUUAACCUCGAUCGAGGCUCUAUUCUAGGGCUUUCACAUUCAUUCUUCAAUGUGUUGAGUUUCCGUCCAAAGAGUAAGCAUUCUUCCAUCAAGGGACUUUAUUUUGUUGGGGCAAGCACGCAUCCUGGCACGGGAGUUCCAGUGUGUCUUGCGGGGAGUAAACUGGUAAGCGAUCAGAUCACGGAGGAUUGUGGUGGGAAGCCCAAGGGGGGGAUCUUUGGUGCAUCCAUGGCUAUCAUAUCUGUAGUCCUUUUUCCGCUAUUCCUAAUUAUCUUGGGUAUGUGCCUCCUAUAG